GACUAUAUGGGGAGUUGGAUAGUCACACUCCGGAACAGAGGGUGGCGGUAAUACACCAAAACAUGUGAUCCUAACGGCCGUAAAACAAGAAGAAUUUCUUUAAUAUAAUACUUCCAACGUUAAACGGCCUUUCUAAACCCACAGCCAUCCAUUAAAGAAUACAAGCACCUGGAGUCCUUUCCUGCGUUAGCAUUAGCCGUUACGCUUUGUGGCUAAAUGUUGUAGGCUUUCCAUCUAGUGGUUUGUUGGUUAGGGUUAGGUUCCAGUUUCUGAAAUACCAAUCGCACAUAACUCUCAUUUCUUCUUUCUUAUGGGUAACGUAUUCCUUAUGGGUCACGUUCUUUGUGAGCAUUCGCACAAUCUCAAGUCUGGGUUGUAGUGGUUCGGUUGUAAACAAGGAGACACAGCAACAAAAGAAACAAUCCGAAGUUCUACUAAUUUGAAAGCACUGAAAACUGUAUUCAUUCAACCCUAACUGCUUGGAAGUAAAAGGAUACGUUGAGGAAUUUUCAGGCAACCGACAAAAUCCGAACCUGAUGUCAAUGUUCCAGUCAUUGAAGAAGGGGCAGUAGCCACUGCGGAAGAUCCAUCAGCAAUCACAACUAUUCAGUCUGCUUCCACGUUCUCCACCGAGCAGCCGAUGAAAUAUCUGUUCAAGACCGAGGGAGCUGGGGGGCAGGUUACAUAUCGAGUAAUCCAAGUUGAAGAUGGGCAGCUUGAAGCUCAAACAGAUGGUGCAGGAGCAGUUAGUGUAGUGACUGGGUUUCCUGCCACAACACAACCUGUUACACAGGCUGUGUUUUCUCAGUCAGAGGGCUUAGAAGGAGAUGGCACUGAAACCCAUUACACUUACUACCCUGCUACUAUCUCUGAUGCUUUAGCAGGCACUAUGGUGACUGGUGUUCAAGCUUCAGAUGCACUCCUCAGUCAGAGUUCCCCUGCAGGUCAGUUGUAUGUCAUGAUGUCACAGCAAGAGGUCCUUACUGGAGGCAACCAGAGGUCUAUUGCACCCAGUACACAACCUUAUAAUGCCAAGACAGAUGGGCCUAGAACCUCAAGAGAUGACAAAAGACGAUCUCAGCAUAAUGAAGUUGAACGACGGCGCAGAGAUCAAAUUAAUAACUGGAUUGUUCAGCUUUCAAAAACAAUCCCAGACUGCACCAUGGAUUCAACUAAAACAGGACAGAGUAAAGGUGGGAUUCUAUCAAAGGCCUGUGAUUACAUUCAUGACCUGCGACAAAGUAACAGCCGGUUAGGAGAUGAAAUAAACAACAUUGAGAGUUUGAGAAUGGAUAACCAGCUAUUUCGACAAGAGGUGGAAGAUUGGAAAUCUAAGAAUCAAAUUCUAAGGAAACAUCUCCAGCAGCAUGGCAUAGUCACAGCAACAAGUGCAGAUCCCCAUUGAAGAAUUAUAAAGAUUAAAAAAAUAAUAAGAACUUCUGAAGAAAACAUGGCUGCAUUUUCUGCAGUUGUUUGUAGAUGGCAUCAUAACAAGUUAAUCAAUAUGUAAUGCAAGACUUUCUACCCAACAAUAUUUUGUUAACACAACAAGAUCCUCGGUCAGGAUCUUGCCUUAUGUACAUUAUAUUUUUUUAUAUUUUUUUCACACAUGAAUGUAGUUUAGUUUUGUGUCAUGUAUUAUGAGAGCUUGUUUAUUCUAUAUAUGUGUUAUGAACGCAUUUUUAUGUUUGAUAAUUUUCACGAAUGUUGACAAUUUAAUUUUCUAAUUAAUUAGUAAUUUCAAGUAACGGACUUUUAAAUGUUAUCACUCAUGUUACAGUGUUAAAGUAGCUAUGAAGACUGCCAAAAUAAAAAAUUGUAUUCCCUUA